UGUCACGUGACCCGGGCCCCGGCUUCUCCCGGGAUGGAGCCGGAAGAGGGGGCGCCUCUUUGGCGGCUGCAGAAGCUUCCCGCGGAGCGGGGCCCGCAGCUUCUUCACAAAAUAAUUGAUGGCAUUUGCGGCCGAACUUAUCCUCUCCACCAGGAUUAUCAGAAUGUUUGGGAUUCCACAGAAUGGAUGCAUGUUCUAGAAGAUAUUACCAAGUUUUUCAAAGCUAUUGUUGGUAAAAAUUUAUCUGAUGAAGAGAUAUCUCAGCAGUUGAAUCAGUUGAAUUCAUCUCAUCAAGAAGCUAUCAUGAAAUGCUUGAAAAGUAGAAAAGAUGAAAUUAAGCAGGCUCUGUUAAAUGAAGUAGUUGAUAUUUCCUCUGCACAGCUUCAGGAUUUUGAUUGGCAGUUAAAGCUUGCACUUUCCAGUGACAAGAUUGCUACAUUACAAACGCCACUCUUAAACCUCCAUCUAGACGUAAAAGAAAAUGGUGAAGUCAAACCAUAUUCUAUCGAAAUGAGCAAAGAAGAGCUGCAGAAUCUAAUAAAUUCCUUGGAAGCAGCUAAUAAGGUCAUCCGGCAGUUCAAAUAACUGGAAAUAAUGAAGACCAACAUUAUCAGAUUCCACUGCUGCAACUGAUAUGACAGAGCGAAUACUGUGUGUUCAGAAAACCUGCAAUAUACUAUUAUGUCGAGCUCAGAAAGCAGCCGUGUUGAGAUGGCAAAGAUUAAAAAUUUAUCAACUUCCCUAAAGAACAGGAAAUUACAUGGUUGACAGGAAAUGCAUUAAAAAAUUAAAGAUAAAAAUUAAAGAUAAAUAUAGAAGCAGUUUAUAUUUUCAU